UCAUUUUUAAUUCUGCUUGUUUACCAAGAGUAUUUGUGUUUUUUCUUUGGGAUCUUUAGGUACUCGUGUCCUGUCUGCUCGAAAUCCAUCUGCGAUAUGUCUAAUGUAUGGAGAAAGCUCGACGAAGAGGUAGCUUCGACUCAGAUGCCAGAGACAUACAAUAACAAAAUGGUGUGGAUACUAUGCAAUGACUGCGAAGCAACAUCUGAAGUGCAUUAUCACAUCCUCGCAUACAAAUGUUUGAAAUGCAACUCGUAUAACACUAGACAGAUACGAGGAGGCCCUGAAUCUUCUUCGUGCUCUCCUAGAAUCGCAGAGAUGGUCAGAUGAUUUCUCGUCAAAGAUUUAUUUGGAGAAUGUGUACGAGGGAGUUACUCUUUUGUAAAGCGGUUCAAUUUUCUUGCAGGACAUAUUUUUAGUCGUCGCUAUGAUCUUGUGGACCUGUUUGUAUAAAACGCGAUCAUAAUCUUAAAAGUUUCUGUUGGACUGCAAAUAUGGUCGUGUAUUCAUAACAAGGUUUUCAUAAUCACGUUUGGCAACAAUUUUUUUCCUCUA